AAUGCCUGCGCCCUCCUCUCUGCAGCAGGAGCCCAGCAUUGACCUGCUGGAGGCAUUCACCGAGCACUGGAAAGGACUCACUCACUACUACCUAGAGACCACAGAUGAAAACACCCCAGUUAAGGAGACCGAUAUCCCCUGGCGCCUGAAACAGAUGCUGGACAUUCUGGUGUAUGAGGAGAAGCAGCAUCCAGCAGGGGAGACAGGGCCUUGUUUGGAAUAUCUGCUGCAGCACAAAAUAUUGGAGACCCUUAGCACUCUGGGGAAAGCAGAGUAUCCUCCAGGCAUGAGGCAGCAAGUGUUCCUCUUCUUCAGCAGAGUCCUGGGACAGGUGCAGCAUCCACUGUUGCACUAUCUGAAUGUGCACAGACCUGUUCAGAAGCUCCUUCAGUUCGGCAGCAAUGUGCUAGGCUCUGCGACUGAGAAGGAAGAGGUACAGUUUGCUGCUGUUCUGUGUGCAAAGAUCAAGCAGGAUCCUGCUCUGCUCACGUACAUCCUGGAGGGAAAGAAUCUUCUAACUGCAAGCCCACAGGGAGAUGCUGGCAGCAGCCAGAGAGAGAGCUUGGCUACCAAAGGAGGCCUGACAGCAUCUCCUGAGCAGGACAGAGAGUGUUCCAUGGGUGACGCCCCCUGUGCUAGCCUGGCUGGAAAACCAAAGAAUUCUGUCUCCAGCUCCUCUCCUCUAAGAAAGGAAAACAAUCUGAUCACUUCCUUAAUCAACUUGUGCAAGAGCCAGAAGAGCAGGGUUGCACUAAAAGCUCAGGAAAACUUGCUGCUUCUCAUAAGUAUCGCUCAGCAGGCAGCUGCCACAUACCUGGUACAGAACAGCGCCCUUUGCUGUCUGGUGACUGAUCACCUGUGUGACCUGUACAAUGCCAUCCCUACUUCAGCCGAUCCUGCAGAUAUCCUCUCCCUAGAGAGAGUCAGCUGGAGGUUGCAGAAUAACUCUGCUGAUGAGGCCUCUUUCCCAGGAAAGGGUAGCCUGGAUGCUUUCUUUAGGUGGUUAGAUUACUGUGAUCACCUCGUGAGAGAGGCCCACCCGGUAGUUGCAGAUGCUGUAACGGAGACCAUUGGUGAAACGCUCUUCCAGGGGAUUUUGCAGCCACAGCUCUUGCAGAUGUCUGAACUUGGUAUCCUCACCUCUACAGCAAUGCUGACGGCCGUGGUGAGGCAGAUCACCGCUCCUGCCCUGCUCCGGGAACUGGUGACAUUCCUGCUGGGCACAGAGAGGCAGCCAGAAACCAUCACUAACUCCCCCCAGCAGCACCUCCUGCGCUUUCAGUUGAUAGAGCACUGCAACCACCUGUCUGAUGAGAUCAGCCUUGCUACCCUGAGGCUAUUUGAGGAGCUGCUCCGGAAACCCCAUGAGCACAUUGUAUACAGCCUAGUGCUGAGAAACCUGGAGGAACGGAGCUACAUCCUGUGCAGCCAGCCAGGGCAGGAGGAGCGGAGCACCCACGAGCAGGAGCAUUACGAGGACACGCUGGAGCUGGAGGAAGAUCCCUAUUUCACUGAUGAAUUUCCAAAUACAGGAUUCCGGGCAUGUAAAAAGGCAAUGCCAUCCUCCCCCCAGGGGCCUGCCAGGCCUAAUGAGAAGACAGAUGUGAAUGAGAUUGUUCUCAGUUUCCUGGGCCUGGUUCCUGAUGAGGCAAAGACCUCCUCCUAUCUGGAGGAGGCUGGAUAUGAUACCUAUGUGCACGAUGCCUUAAGGCUGUUUCAGGAAUGCUCUGCUAACAUAUCCUCAUGGAAUUGGCCCCAGGAACCAAAACCUCUGGAGCCCUGUGACCCACAAGCAGCAUUUUAUGAGGGCCACUUCCUGAAGGUGCUGUUUGACCGUAUGACACGGAUCCUGGAUCAGCCCUAUGGACUAAACCUACAAAUGACAUCAGUGUUGUCCUGCCUAGCCCUCUUCCCGCACCCACACCUCCACGAGUACCUCCUGGACCCCUACCUGAAUCUGGCUCCUGGCUGCAGGACGCUCUUCUCUGUACUCAUCAGGGUGAUUGGAGAUCUGAUGCAGAGAAUCCAGCGGGUGUCUCAGUUCCCAGCCAAGCUGCUGCUGGUCCGGAGACAGUUAAUGGGCCUGGUCCCUGAAGAACAGAUUGAUCACAUGACCCUCUUCCAAGGAGUGGUGGUGCUGGAGGAAUUUUGUAAGGAACUGGCAGCCAUCGCCUUUGUGAAGUUCACCCCUGAGGGCCCUGCAUGAGCCCAGCGUCUGGCUCUCCUCACCUGCUUCCUGGAGAGAAGAAGAUCUGAGUGCAGUGCCAGCAUGCACUGCUGGAAUGAGAUUAGUGCUCCAUGGCUCGGGGGAAGGGAGCACCACUCCUCACUCAGCCACCUUAGCUGAGACCUUCCUGUAUCACUGGCCUCCAACGAAUGCCUGGCUCUGAUAGCCAGCCUCCUCCCAUCAACCAGCCCCUCUCCACAGAGCAGCAGGGAACCAGGACUCUGCAACAUCAGAGGGUGAUGCCUCAAGACAAUCUCAACAUCUUACUCAGGUUUGAUGCUUCCUACCUUACAGAACCAAUGGGCUGCUCAGUGUUCAACUCCCAAAACUGACUGGGAAAGCAUUAGCUGCCACAACCCCCAACCUUCAGAAAGCAAGACUAGAUGCAUUGAGAGCCCUCCACCAUUUCUGUCUGCUGUGUCUUAGGAUCAGAGUGGGCAGGAGCAUUUGCAGAAAAUCAUCACCCACAAUCCAUUCUGCAAGAUGUUUAUAGCUCCUCUUUCAAGUGCCUAUGGAUACAUGAUCAGGGCAGUGUCUAAAGCCCUGUGGAAUAGAGAUCUGCAUUGCACUCUUGCUACAUAGGACCUGUGGGAGUGCACUGUUCUGGUGUCCUGCAAGUGAGCCCAGAAUAAGACUUCUAGGUAACUGUAGAUGAAGGUAGGAUACAGCACAUUGCAAAACUGGGUGCUAAAUCAAAACCACCCCCCCCCUACAGGUCUUGUUUCUGGACAGGUAGAUUCCCAGAUGGAAUACAGCCAACCCCAGCUGGGUGGCCAUAAGACAUUCUUCUUCUGGCCUUUAAUCAAAGUGCAACAUCUCCAGCUGUUGCUUUGCUGCACCUGGCCCAGCAGCAUCUAUUAAACACCCUGAAUAAAAAAUAUGGACCUAGAAACCUGCAGUCAGACUCCAGCCAUGGCACUUACGAUGCCUUGCUGGGCAGGCGGCCAGCCUCACUCCUAGUGCUUCAUUGCCCAAACCUUCCCCUGCAGUCCAAAAGAGGAGGAGUAGGGAUGGUGGGUGGCCUUGAGGUAAAAGUCAUGUUGCCCCGCCCCCCCAAGCUGUAAGAAGCAUAGAGAAGUGACCGGACCUACCUCCCAGACAGAUCCUGAGGCUUACUCCAUUGGUUUUGAUGUUUUUGGGGUUCCUGCAGGGCAGGCAUGAUUGAGGUGGCUGUGUGACAGACGAGUCCCACUGGCCCCCAUGCACUGCUGUCAGGGGGCUUUCUGUUAAACAAGCUUUCAUUUAGUCCGAUGCUCUUGCUCGCUAGCGAUGGGGGUCCUGGGGCAAGGAGGAACAGAAGGUACACGGAGUCCUUUAUUGGAGGAAGGGUUCAUUCUGACUUGCUCCAGCUGAUGCUUUCCAUAUGGUAUGAAUAGAGCCACCAUCCCUCUGCCAGGCAGCAGACACAUGUAAGUUUGCUCCUUGUCCUCAGCAAACCUUUAGAGGCAGUGCUGCGUUCCAUCACGCUCGCAGUGCCUUGGCUCUCGCUGAUCAGAAAAUGGGACAGCAGCCCUCAGACAGGUGCAGCUCUACCCUGUCUUCCUGGAGGUGGGAAGGCGUUUUGCUUUAGUUUAGCUAGACAAAGUGAAGCAAAGCCUUGCAGAGCAACCUGCCCCAUUGUGAAAGGAAACUCAGAGCUACCUCUAGAGAGCAGGAUGCUUCCCUCACAUAUCCUGGAGAACAGCCCCUUGAGAAGCCAGAAGGGCUGUAGGCCAGCAUCAGCUGAGUUCUCACUCUUCUCCCGUGUUUCCCUAUAAUGGGCCAGAUUCUUACCUGAUGUCCGGCUUCAUAGUAUCAUUGAAAUUAGUGACCUACACCAGCUGAGGAUCUCGCCCACUGCUUUCCUGGGUAGCAAGGAUGAAUUUGUAAAGUGCUCUGGGAAUGAAGUUAGCAAUAGUCUUUAUACUAGCAAUACUAACCCAUUCAACAGGGCUGUGUGUCUAUUGAUAGAUAUUCACAGACCCUGCAGAAUCCCAGCAUCUCACUCUGUUCCCAGUGUGCACUUUAGAAUGUAACAAACACUUCAUCACAAUGCAGCCAAAGGUCUCUGGUAAGUAGAGCUGUCAGCCAACGAGAGUAGAUACAAAUUUGGGCAGUGCCUAGCACAAUGGGGCCCCAAUCCUGGUUGAUCUCUAGGCACUACCAUAACACCACCGUCAGGGCAGCUUGUAAGCCUGACAAAUCUCAGCACAACUGGGUUCUUGACAUUGGUAUUAAGUGCAGGGUGGAUGCUUAGGGGCACCAUUGGCUUGGCAAUGCACUAUUUAAUGUUACAUUAAGUGAUUCUUUAUAGCAUAUUUAGCUAUACUGCAUUAUCUACAGAGGGGCUUUCGGUCUUGUGUUGCCUCUUAUCAACCAUGCACAAAAGGUGUGUACACCUGGUUGCUUGGUAAAUCUGGGUGUUGGUGUUGUAUUUAUGGCAACUGCAUGUGGUAAGUGGGUACAAUGAACUAGCAAAUGUUACAGCACCACCUCUUUUCAGAACUAUGCACUUUUAAAUGUAUGGCAUGUAACUAAACCAGCUGUAAAAUUUGUGCAGUUUAAGUCUGUACAUAUGUACCAGGUACAAGUAACUUAACUCUUCCUGUGGCAAUAAAGUGAUGUCUUGAUAAAUUUGAA